UUGUCCCAAAGUCAAGAUGCACUCACGAAACCUCCCUUUGGCGAUCCUGCUGGUGUCUUGGGCCGUUAUGUCCUGCGAAGCCUCUCUGUCCGUUGGUGGCGUAGUGGGUGGCUUGGCGAUUCUGAAGGGCGCGGCGCUGGUAGAUUACGCGGUAGGGCGUCAUCAGCGGUACAACAGACGGCACUAUCACGGCCGUUCUCGAUAUCUCGGAGGUUAUAGCGGGAGAAGACACUAUCGCUACGGCCGCUCCGUCGACCCCGACACCGAACAAGACGCCGAUGAAGGCAAGAACAUGCUCCUGUCCACCGUGGGGCAACUCGACCCCGACGGCUGCAUCCUCAAGAUGCUCUGCAACCUCCAGACGAGGAGUCCCUCCAGCCUCACGCCAGAGGAGGACCUCAUCGUCGACAUGUUCUCCAACAACACUGAGACCAUGUCUCCUACAACGCCGCCUUCGUCUACGCCACGGACGUCGGCACAAAGACCCGCGACCCGUCCGUCUGCAAUAAGCUGUUCCCCAAAUGUUCCCUCAGCGAACAGCAGCUGAGCGGCCUCCUUCGGAGAG